CAUUAUGACGUCAUCGAUGUUUACGUCAAAUGUUAUGACGUAAUACACACAGCCGGGAAAGCCAAGGCAUAAUCCAGCCGAAGUCGUGUUGUCCAUGUCAACACUUAUUUUUAUGAAAACCAUGCCCACUGCAAGCCAAGCCAUGAUUUUGAGGACUACAGAGGUGUCUGAUCAUAUCCUUGCAAGACGUCUUUACUCGUCGAUGUCGCACGUGAAACCUGCUAGAUCUGAAAGUACGAAUAAACCGCCACCACCAACAGCUGGAAGUAUGCCGACAUUCCAAAAGGACAAACCAGGUCCGCGGACAUGUCCAGGGACUACACCACAACAAAUUAUCCUUCAGGGUUACAGAGGCAACAUGUUCUUUGAUCAGGAAACCAGGCGCUUUCGUUGGCAAAUCAUAUCACAGAAUAAUAAUGUUUCAGAAGACAUGCUUACUGCAACGUCAAUUGACUAUGAUUCACCCGAAGAAAAACCACCCCCUUCACAGAUUGUCAGCAAACCAAAGAAACUACUGUCGCGACGUGGUAAUAUGGCGGACAGACACACAGCAAUGGAGAACAGGGACAUCCCCGCUCAGUACGGCGUCGAUGAUAAGUCCUAUGGAAGAUUGGAAGAACUGGGUUUCCGACGGAGAUUCAUCGCUGCCCCCUCUAAAGUUUCCACUGCCCCAAGAUCAUCCAGUCCAAUAGUCCCUAAAUACGAAUCAGUUGACAGGGCAAGCAAUCCCAUCAUGCAUCACACGAUGCGACUUCAUAUACCUCACGGAACGACGCCAAACAUGGAGGGCCAUCUCUCGGACGAAGAUGGGUGUAUUGAAAAUCAUACAGUUAGUGAAAAAACGAUAUCGCUCAUUGAUGAAAUAAAACAGAAGAUUGGAUACGACAAACGCAUAUUUCCAACUAUGUACAUGAGAAGAUGUUAUCCUAUGGAACAACCAUUGUCCCUGUGUUUCAGUCUUCGUGACGAUAACCGGUCACAUGCCGCAGUUAAAAAUUGGGUCGAGCAAGAAAGUGGACUCAAAGUUGCAGCAAUACAGUAUGAUCCUAUAUCUAUCAGGGCGGGGGUGAUGGUAGGUACCGGAAGUCGCUGGGUCAUCACCAUGACAACACUAGAAGACUGCCGGAAGUUGCUUCAACAAGGACUUCAGGUCAAUGGUGAGAAGGUGAUAGUCCGAUGGCUGGAUGACAUUUGUGUGUGCGAGUUUGAUGCUUACAAAAUACACUGUCAGGAACAAAAACAAAGAAAAAACGGAAACCAGAGGCGAAAACUCAAAACGGAAGUUUAAUAAAACAGCACUUAAUGAUUAACGUGUUUUGUAUAUAUAUACAUCUGAUAGAUAUCUUAUCUAGACACUUUCCUGUCUUCAGACAAAGCAACUUCUGCAAAGGUUCCUAAUCAUUUUGCAUAAAACUGUUGACCUUCCGCUCCCCAUGGAGUUUCUUUCGCUGUAUGCGUUCAUUUUCGCUCUGCGAACAUAACCACAGGGGUAUCGAUGAUGUUAUUUCACAAUCAUGGUCUUCAAACUUUGGGAGGCAAUUUGAGGGAUUAUGUCCAUGUUUAGUUUUACAACGUUCCCGAAUCGGAGAUAGGAAAAGAUAUUGUAAUGUCGCUGUCCGUCCGUUCGCGUCACCAUUUCCGGAUAACAGCAAAUUCAAUUUUGCCGAUCAAGCCCCUUACUUUUUUGGGGUGCUUGUUUGGGGCUCUUUUUAUAUAAGUUAUAUGGUCAAAGGUCAAGAUCACUAUAGCUAUAAAUAGAAAUUUAGUUUCCAGACAAUAACAACUAGGCAGAUCAAACUCAGAUUUCACAUACAACUUCCUUAUCGUUUUUAUACCCCAUCCCCCUAGAAAUUGUGGUUGCCAUGGUAACUAGGUCAUUAAACAAAUGUUGUUGAUAUAAAAUUACUUCUAUGUCUAUACCACUCCACCUUAACUUGUGAACUAAUUUCAGUGAAACUACACAGAAAUGUUCGGGACUACAUGUAUAUGAAAAUACGCCUGAACGUUUUUUAGCGGAAAAGUUGUCAUUUUUAUUCUAUUUAACCUUCAUUUGUGUGGUUUUCACUGUCAAUUGCUGAUCUAUGAUAUACAUGGAACAGGUAUCUACAGCCUUGCUUCUCCCAUCCAUUUUCUCAUACAGAUAUACACUGCAAAUUGAUUAGAAUCCUUCAAUGAAACUUUGUUUUUAUUGGUAUUUUUUUUAGAAUAUUCGAUGCUACGAUAUCUAUUCGCUUUUUUUCUCAACAGUCAUUAACCAACAUUGUCAACUGAAAGGCGAACUUUUUGAUUAAUUGAAUUAUUGCAGCAAGAAUUUUUGGCAGCAUAAUUUGUGCAGGUAUAGGCCAAACGGUCUUCGUAGCGAUCAUUGCAAGAAUGGUUUGAGACCACUUUCUUCUUUGUUAUAGGACUAACCAUAUUUAGCUAAAAAAUGAUUAAUUUCUAUCGCGAUUGCGAUUUGCCUGGCUAAGACUAAAGUCAACUUUAGUCUUUUAGUCUCUGUCGAGAUGGAUAGUCUAUCAACUGCGACAGAUGACAGAAGUAAAUCUCAGAUAGAGAGAACCCCUUCCGGCUAGUUAUGAUGAAGACUAUAUAAUUGACGACGGCCAGUGACGGCCAGUGACGCCCCUUCGUCUCCUGUUGUGACAAUCGGAACUCCUCGUCACUUUAGUGCGUUCGCAGACGGAGGCGAGGCGUUCCGAUUGCUGCCGGGUUAACGAUGUUUUUCUUAACACAUUUCAAAUACCUUUAAGAACAACUACGAAAUUUUACGUUACACAUGGCCAGUGGGCCUCAAACAUAUCAUGUCUGUAUUGCGAUGAUUUUUUUUUAAUUUCAGGAGAUUUAUUAAAAAUAAGUAAAUUUGACACCUUUUGGCCUUGCUUGUUACCCCCUGGGCACAAACUGCUAUCCCAUAAUUAUAACAAAAUAAAGAUGUAUUAUUAUAUCUCCGAUUUCUCCAAAGGGGCAAAAUUGGGGGAAAAGAGGAUUUCUUUAAAACAGUUUCUUCGGUAUGAAUAAAGGGAU